AUGAUAGUCGACGAAGGCAACAAACUCAUGUACUGCGAAUUGCCAAAAGUAGGAAGCAGUAACUGGAAACGAGUAUUAAUCAAGCUCACCGAUCCGCGAUUCCAAGACAUCAGAAAUGUUCUCGCGAUCCGAAAGCCCAGAAAACUAGAACACUACAAUCUAACAUACUUGACGGAUUAUCCUGUAGAAGAGAGACUGCAAAUGCUGAAGAGCUACUACACUUUUACAGUUGUUCGCGAUCCAAUAGAAAGAGUCCUUUCUGCCUACAGAGACAAAGCUUUUGACGAGUUUCGCGGUGGAAUAGGAACGGGCAGACGAACGUAUUCCUUUCUUCAAAAGCGCAAUGAAAUCGACAAAUUCAUUGACUACGACGUCGAGUCCUUCCACCGCUUCGUCGCUUAUUUGAGUGCUCGAGGACCAGAAGUAGGAGCCAAGGGUGACUUUGGAAUCCGAGUUCGUCAUUGGACCCGCUUUUUCGACAUUUGCCGCGUUUGCGAUGUCGACUGGAACUUUAUCGGAAAAGUCGAGUCCAUCGUUGAGGACGCUGCUUUCAUGCUGGCUGAUGUUAAUCUCUCUUCUGUUGUGGAGUAUCCUUACUACAGAAAGGCAACAGACACAGAUCAGAUUAAAAAGUACUUCACUGGAUUAACAAAAGAAGGACUGGAACGGCUCUACUACACGUACCAGCUCGAUUUCGAGCUCUUUCAGUAUUCGAUACCUCAGUACGUUUGGGAUGUUGUCUAG